AUGGCUACUGUAAGGGUGUAUGGAGAAAGGGUGGCCGAAGUACCCCUUGUUGGUACACGGUUUCAAUAUCGCCGACUUGGAAUGUGCUGCAUUUUGUUGAACGAGCUUGAAAAGAAACUCAAGGAAUUGGGUGUGGGGAGGCUAGUUUUGCCUACUGUUCCUAGCGUGCUGAACACUUGGAACACUUCAUUUGGGUAUUCAAUAAUGACAGAGUUUGAGAGAUUAAACUUUCUAGACUACACUUUCCUCAAUUUCCAGGGUACUGUCAUGUGCCCGAAACUCUUAAUGGAAAUGCCUUCCAGAGAAUUAAGCCUAUUGAAAGGAACUAAGCCAAAACUAUAUGAUGCUAUCAGCGGAAACAAUAAUGUUGGUUUGCAUGGGAACAGUGCUGCUUCCGAUGUUUUUCAGGCAGACCUAAUUGAAGAGAGUAAAAUUCUUGAAAAAGGAUGUAUGGAGGAUGUAAGGAUGAAGGAGAUUGUUGAGGAAAGAAUAAUACCAGGAGCAAAAAAAUUUCGUUGGUUAAGAUAA